CCGCUGCCGCCGUUGCCUUUGCCGUUGCUCUCCGCGUUCGUUCGCUAGCUGGUUUGCCUGCUUUGCGGCUUGCUUUCAAAUCGACGUGCUCGGCGACUCUUCGAACGAACGAACGGCGGGCGGGCAUUAAAACCGAUGUGACGUACUGUUCCGCUGAGUUUUUGUGGCGCGCGUGUGCUGCGGCGAGUAGAGAAGAAGAGCAUCAUCGAAACGAGACUUACAUCUACAACUAAUACUGUUUGUUGUCAUCGGGUAGAUAAAAACGAGGGGCUCCCUUAUGUUUUAACUAAUAAUCGUAAUUCGUAGGUACCGAAGGAUAGUUUAAUAACUGAUAAAGUGAUCUACGUUUCGGUGGUUAGAAAAUCGAAAGUGAAUAUCUCAAACAUGUGAAAUAUUAGCCAGGACACCUGGCCAAGAUGAGGAGUUGCAUUUAGGCAACUCCGCGACUUUCCUGAACCGUCUCGAUCGGUGCAGAGAAGCGAGUAGCGAACGUUUGUUCGUUUCGUUCGUUCCUCGGAGUACAGUCUAUCUUGAAAAUCUAACCAAACAUAGAACUACAAACCGAACAACGAGGUGGAGGCUGUAACGCCACAGAGCUACAGGCUAUUCGUUGGAUUUUCAACCGGAUUAUAGUAUUUCGUAGUUUUGUUCAGUGUCGUGUUAUUCGGAAUUUGAGUAGCUGGUGUAGCUGGUCUAGCUGGCCGUUGGCGGCGUACGUAUGUCUGAUAGUGGAGACCCCGUGAAACAGGAAUAACCAAUAAGCCAGCAGGCCUGCCAGCUCGAUGCUACUACAUGGCCUAACAACGUGAAAUCGUAUAAUGGCGUUAUCCUCGGCAGCCGCCGUAGUCCUCGCCAAAAGUUCGCCGGUCACUUCAGGAACAGCAGGAGUAGGAGGUGUCGGGGGAGGAGGAGGUUCGCUGGAAAAGGUAACUGUGAAACAAGAAAAGCCUGACGAUGCGGAGAUCAGGGAGUUGGCAGCCAAAAUGGUGGAAGCAAACAAGGCGAAAAUGGGACCAGCUGUAGCUGGACAGCCGAGGGCUGCUGGUUUAGCGUCGCAGCCAAACCUACCCGGAAUCUUAAGCUACCUUUCGUCAAAUUUGAAAAGGCCUGCAGAUUCCUCUUUACCAAAGCCUACUCAGCUUCCAGAAGGGAAACUUCCUUUGGACGAUGACAGCCAAAGGGGUAGGUUUGGAUGGACAAGCUUUGGAAAGUGCCACAUACCGUACAUAUUCAGAGCUGGUGAAAAGUAUUGCGCGGUUAGGAUACUUGAGUCAAAAUUGCUCAACAAAUACCUUGGGUAUCUACACGCUGAUAUUUAUAGCUGUACGUGCAUCAGGAGUUACUAUAUAACAGAGGCUGAGAGCAAACUGUUUAAUGAAAUAAACAUCAAACAUUGUGAAAACCAAUUUGGAAGGGAUUUGUUUACAUGCAAAGACUUAGUCGUCAGACUCGCAGAUGCCAGGGAGUUUUAUACGUUCUUAGAUAUGUGUUAUACUAAAUUGACAGCUGGUGCUGGGCAGAAUGCAUCUUCGGUGAUGCAGCAGCAGAAGGCAGAGAAAUGUGGUUUUAUUCGUAUAAAUAAGGAGUCUGUCGUCCCUUAUACGGUUAAGGACGGUCUAAAAUAUGUCCCCCUGUUUUACUUCGAAGGUGAGACGGAUAACCUCAAAUUAAAAGCAGAAAAACUCGAGGGUUGGGACUUGUCGUAUCUUAAAUUCUGCUGUAAAGUUCAGGGUAUACGUAAUGAACUGUUUGCCAGUGAAACGUGUUCCGUGAUCAGUUUGAGUGACAUUAAAAGCUACUUUCCACCUGGUACGGGUUUUGAGGAUUAUUGGCCGAGCAAAGUUAUGGACUCACAGUUGUUAGUGAGCAGUAAGGGUGGUGGAAGUGGGGGGGGUUGGACAAAGCAGCCACCCACGCCACCAGCUGCUAAACAACAGCAGCAGCAACAGCAACAAACUAAUGUGCAAAAUAACACCAACCACAAGAACUCAUUAAAUUUAAGAGGGCCACAAAUGCCAAACGUCGUACCAAGAGGUAUUAACUCAAAUGCCACCAUUCAGAGAGUUGUGCAACCUAGACCUGUAGUAACAACGCAUCUGGCACAUUCCUCUCCUUCGAGGGUUUCCCCAGCAAGGAAUAACUCCAUUGCUCAGCAACCAAUGUUAAAUGCAGUUCAAGCUGCAUGUAACGGAUGGCCUGGACUCGUUGGGGGUCAGCCAACCUUUCAGACAGCUUUAGUUUCACAGGCGAGUCAUGUCAUUAGAAUGACAAAUGCUCCUCUAAAUAUGCAUAAUCAAAUAGCCUCAUCGAAUAAAAGCUACUCGCAGCAGUCUAGGAGUAGAGGGGGUGGUAGCGGGGCAAGUGCGCAAUACCCAGGAGUAUAUCCUGCUACAACGAUGCAAGCCGCUGCCCAAGCUCAGCCACCCCCUCUGGUCAGAGCUACCGCCCACUCCAGUCAGCCCAAUAUCGGUUAUCCAACCUAUGGGAAGGAUGACUGGGCGGCAACCACGUACACAACACCGAGUCUGGGUGUUCCAAGCGCUGUUAGUCCGAGUACCUAUCCUCACAAUUUGUUGAAUCUGAACGUUGACCACGUCCACUCACUCAUGCCACAAACACAGAACAUGCUCACGCAUCCAUCCCGGCAUACACCACCUGGUCACAAUUCGGCCACGGCGAAAUAUCCACCUCCACUUAUACCUGUUAAUGGAAGCAGUAACAAUGUGAAUUUUUCCAGGGAUUCGAGAGGUAGAAAACCUCUGAUACCCAUCAGCGACACACCUACUUCGGGCAGCCAUGUACCAUACAAAGUUCAGAAGGCUUUGGUCGAUGAAAAAAUGGUGCCCUGUAUAAACGCUAAGCCGUACAUUUAUACGGAAUUGUUAAUGACUCUUCCUGAUUUUGUGUCACAGUAUUUUCCUACAUAUGAUAUCGAUGAAUGCAGACAAGUCCUUACCAAUGUUCUGGGCGUUGACUUGUAUCAAGGAAAUCGGCAGCAAAUGCAGAUGCUUAUGGACGCGGGUAAAUGUUCCUCGAUAAACGAAGAGCUUCCCCUGAUCCAAGUUAGAAGUUUAAUGAGGUUUAUGCCGCAGAUGAAAUAUGUGUUUACCCGUAGAAAUACGGAAAUCCCAGCACCAGCUCAUUCGUCCGAAGAGCACCCCCCGAAAAAACGUCAACGCACCAGCUAGGAUUGGCUACAGCCUUACUGGCCCACGUACAAUUAUUACCACUCAGCGUUUUGAUAGGGUUUUCAUUAUUCCCUGUUUGUGAAAAAUUAAACCGCUGGAUAUUAGCAUAUCUGAAGGUGCUUUUGAUCGAUUCAUGUUCCUUUGUGUACAGAUUAUAUCGCCACCAUUUAUUACAUUCAAAAACAAUCAAACGUAAAAAAAAAAAUCAAACUUUUCAUUUGUUGUUUCAAACUAAAAAUCUGACGGCUAAAAGGAAAGUUUACUACCAAAUUCACAGCUCUCUUGUAAUCGGUAAAAUAAAUUUAAGCUUUUCGUUACUAUAAAUAUUUAAUAUCUCGAAUGCGAAUUAAUAACAUAUAUUCCAGCGACUGAAUAAUUUAGUUAGAAAAAAGAUGUGAAUUUGGAUGUUGUUGGAUCUUUAGUCAACGAACCAAAAAAUUUCGUAACUUUAACUGUUGAUGAGAUUCUUAUGGAUUCUUAAAUUUGCGGUGCGGUCUGGCGGAGCUUUGAAUAAGUAAAGGUAACGCCAGCUCAAGUUCCUAGUUAAAAUAUUCUGAUAUGAAAGAACCAUGCGUUGAAAGAUGAAAGGUAAUUUCAUGGCGAGUCCAUGAGUAUAGAAAGAAGUUACCCAAAUCCCCCAUGAAUAUUGAUUCUCAAAACGCUACGGAAUUUCUUUUGCUACCUAUCAUUCCAACAUAAUGGAGGCAAUCAAUGUAUCCAAAUGAAAUCAUUUCAAUUUCGUUUUCUAAAAGUUACAAAUCUAUAGAUUCUUCGAAUUUGGCAGUUAAAUUCCUUUCGAGUUAUACAAAUUUAUUAUUUAGAAACUACAUACUACGAUUAGCGCAAGACUAUAAAGUUUUAUAGCAAACAUGAUAUGCAUUCUUAUUUUUAGCGCCUUCAAAUUACGUGGGUUGUAUGUAAGGCAUUUGUUUAGGAAGAAAUAUAUAUAUAUAUUACAUAUGUAUGUAUGCAAAAAGUAUGUAUGAAUAUACAUAUUUAUGUAUAUACAUAAAUAUAUAUAUAUAUUUUUUUAUUUUUGUCAAGUGUUGUGUUGCGGGAGAAUGAGUUUAGUCACUGAUAAUAUGUAACGAAAAACAAGUUUAUAGAAUCUGACGAAAUUUUUCUUUAAUUUACUUCCAUCUUCCAUUUGUUGUGAUUAUGAGAUGCAGGAAAAAUGUAAAUUGUAAAGUUAUCUUUAACAAAAGAAUAAUUGUUUAUAGAGAACAUUUCUGUGAAUAAUUAGAAAGUAAAACAUACAAACGUAAAACAAAAGCAUUAAGUCGUACUGUAUUCUCCCAGUUUUUCAUUUUAUAAUUUUGGCAGUUGCACUAUAUUAGUACAAAAUCAAAUAUCUCUUAAUCAAACUGUGAUGCAUGAUUAAAUAAGAGAGAGACAAACGGUAAGAUUCUUCUAAUAAAUUUGAUUCAUUCGAUGUCAUACGUCAUCAAUAGAUUUGACUCUGAGAUCGAAGAACCUAAUCCAAUGAGAUUAGUAAGUAUGUGUAUGUACAAUGAAACCAAACGGAACAAAAUAGAGGGGCAGGAAGGGAAAUAGUAAUAUGGACUCAGACUGUUCGUACUGUAAAUUUUUGGACGCUUGUGACAGACGUGUAAAAAAUUUGGAAGAAAUACUAAAAAACAAUACAUAAUGUAUGCUUAAAAAGUGUAUAUAAAAGAGAAUGUAAUUUUAAAUUCACCGUUGAGAGUGGGUUUUAUAUGAUGGUAAUAAUAGUUAUAAUAUUAAUAUUAAUCAAAAUAAAAAGAAGAAGAAAGAAAAGAAAGAAUAAGAAGACGCAUAGGUAUUCUGUUGUAGUAAAAACGGUAUAUUUUAUUAUUUAUGAAUCGAGUCGAGCUGAACUAUGACUUGAGGAAAUUCUAUUGCCAUUAAAAAGACUACAAACCGGACUGGAGUCUCUGGGCUUCAAUCUUGAUUAGAUAGUUUUCCCUUCUUCUCUUAAUCAUACACAGCAGUAACAAUAUCAAGAUAAUACAAGAUGCAGUGCAUACAAUAACUACUGUCAUACUUUGUUUGUAUGUCAUCAUCCCUGGGUAGAUACAUUACAUAAGAUGGAAUAAUUCAGAAUUAGCGUACACGUGAAUACCAUUUUUAAUCAAUAUAGAGAUUAUCACUUCGUCUAUAAUACAGUUAGAUCAACUUGCAUCACCGUUAUACAUUCUCAGAAUUUCUCAAGGAAAGUUUUUUGAGAGACCCCAGUCCAAAACUAGGAAACUAUUUCUAAGUGAAUACCUAUAGACUAGAGCAUUUAUUUGUUACACACACUUGUUAUAAUCCAUGUACUAUAAUUUAUGAUAUCGUCAUCUGUACAUAUAGCUCAUAAGGAUUAACUAGAAUUAAUAGAUAUUUCAAAUAAAACCACGAUAUAACAAAA